UCUAAAUUUAAGGGGCCCGUUUCUAUAGAAAAAGAAAGAAAAACUCACAUUUGUGCUCUCUCGCUUGCUCGCCAUUGUAGACUCCUUCACAAGGCACCAGGGUAAAGAAAAUCCAAUACCUACACCAAAAGAAUCCCAAUAUAUCUUUGUGCGGUCGAAAUUCCCAUUUUCAAUGCAACAUUAGGGCCACUGGGCGCUAGGGUUUCGAUCUCAGAUCCACUGCAAAAGGAUUUUUGAAGCGAUGGAAGGGUUACGGCAACUGGAGGCUUUGUGUGAGAGGCUGUACAAUUCGCAGGACUCUGUUGAACGAGCCCACGCUGAGAACACUCUCAAAUGCUUUUCUGUGAACAUCGAAUACAUUUCACAGUGCCAAUACAUUCUGGACAAUGCCGUGACUCCGUACGCGUUGAUGCUAGCUAGUUCUAGUUUGUUGAAGCAAGUCACUGACCAUAGCCUUGCUCUGCAGCUUCGUCUUGAUAUUCGGAGUUACCUUAUUAACUAUUUGGCCACUAGAGGACCUGAGUUGCAGCCAUUUGUGACUGCAUCCUUAAUCCAACUCUUAUGUCGACUCACCAAGUUUGGGUGGUUUGAUGAUGAUCGAUUCCGGGAAGUGGUGAAAGAGUCAAUGAACUUCUUGAACCAGGCAACAUCUGAUCACUAUGCCAUUGGUUUGAAGAUAUUGAGCCAACUUGUGUCUGAGAUGAAUCAGCCUAAUCCAGGGUUGCCCUCAACUCAUCAUCGGAGGGUUGCCUGCUCCUUCAGGGAUCAGUCUCUGUUUCAAAUAUUCCAAAUAUCCUUAACUUCAUUGCGUCAACUGGAAACUAAUGUUGCAAGUCGAUUGCAAGAGUUGGCUCUUUCUCUUUCACUUAAAUGUUUAUCUUUUGAUUUUGUUGGGACAUCAAUUGAUGAAAGUUCUGAAGAAUUUGGUACUGUUCAGAUUCCAUCUGCUUGGAGGUCAGUUUUGGAGGAUCCAUCAACACUUCAAGUAUUCUUUGAUUACUAUGCCAUUACAAAGGCCCCCCUUUCAAAGGAGGCAUUGGAGUGCUUGGUGCGACUAGCUUCUGUUAGACGUUCUUUGUUCACAAAUGAUGCCGCCCGUUCUAAGUUUUUGGCCCAUUUAAUGACAGGAACCAAAGAAAUCCUACAAACUGGGCAAGGUCUUGCUGAUCAUGAUAAUUACCAUGAAUAUUGUCGUCUUCUGGGACGUUUCCGAGUGAAUUAUCAGUUGUCAGAGCUUGUGAAUGUGGAAGGCUAUAGUGACUGGAUUCGUUUAGUAGCAGAGUUCACAUUAAAGUCUUUGCAAUCCUGGAAGUGGGCUAGCAGCAGUGUAUACUACCUUUUAGGACUAUGGUCUAGAUUGGUGACAUCUGUACCAUACUUGAAAGGCGAUGCACCCAGCUUGCUUGAUGAAUUUGUGCCAAAAAUUACUGAAGGUUUCAUCACAUCAAGAUUUAAUUCCGUUCAGGAUGGAUCGCCAGAUGAUCUUUCUGAGAACCCAUUAGACAAUGUUGAACUUCUUCAGGAUCAGCUGGAUUGUUUUCCUUACCUCUGUAGAUUCCAGUAUGAAAGCAGUAGUUUGUAUAUAAUAAACAUAGUGGAGCCUAUUCUGCAAAUAUAUACGGAAAGAGCUCGAGUGCAGACCAGUGAUAACAGUGACCUCUCUGUUAUUGAAGCCAAACUUGCUUGGAUUGUUCAUAUUGUUGCUGCAAUUCUUAAGAUAAAACAAUGUACUGGAUGCAGUGCUGAGUCACAAGAAGUACUUGAUGCGGAACUUUCGGCUCGUAUCUUGCAAUUAAUAAAUGUCACUGACAGUGGGGUACACAGCCAGAGAUAUGGUGAAAUAAGCAAGCAAAGACUUGAUCGUGCAAUCCUUACCUUCUUUCAACAUUUUCGGAAGUCUUAUGUGGGUGAUCAGGCCAUGCAUUCUUCGAAGCAGUUAUAUGCCCGCCUUUCUGAGCUUCUUGGACUUCAUGAUCAUCUUUUAAUGUUAAAUGCGAUUGUUGGCAAGAUUGCUACAAACCUGAAAUGUUAUACUGAGAGUGAGGAGGUCAUUGGUCACACCCUGAGUUUAUUUUUGGAGCUGGCAUCUGGAUACAUGACUGGAAAGCUACUUUUGAAGUUGGAUACUGUCAAAUUUAUAGUUGCCAAUCACACUAGGGAGCACUUCCCAUUUCUAGAAGAGUAUAGAUGUUCUCGCAGCAGAACAACUUUCUAUUACACAAUUGGUUGGCUAAUAUUCAUGGAAGACAGCCCUGUGAAAUUUAAAUCUUCCAUGGAUCCACUUCUGCAAGUUUUCAUCAAUCUGGAAUCAACUCCUGAUUCAAUGUUUCGUACUGAUGCUGUAAAGUAUGCGUUAAUUGGGCUGAUGAGAGACCUUAGGGGAAUUGCCAUGGCCACAAAUAGUCGCAGAACUUAUGGGCUUCUGUUUGAUUGGUUGUACCCCGCACACAUGCCGCUUCUUUUGAAAGGCAUUUUGCACUGGUCUGAUACACCAGAGGUGACCACCCCUUUACUGAAAUUCAUGGCUGAGUUUGUACUGAACAAAGCCCAACGUUUGACUUUUGACUCAUCUUCUCCUAAUGGCAUACUUCUUUUCCGAGAAGUCAGUAAAUUGAUUGUUGCUUAUGGGUCAAGGAUUUUGUCUCUCCCAAAUGUUGCUGAUAUAUAUGCCUUCAAAUACAAAGGAAUAUGGAUUUCUUUAACUAUUCUCACGAGAGCUCUUGCUGGAAAUUAUGUCAACUUUGGGGUGUUUGAGCUAUAUGGUGAUAGAGCUCUUUCUGAUGCACUUGAUAUCGCACUGAAGAUGACAUUAUCAAUUCCUUUGGCUGAUAUAUUGGCAUUCCGUAAGCUGACAAGGGCCUACUUUGCAUUCUUGGAGGUUUUAUUCAACAGCCAUAUAGUUUAUAUACUGAAUCUGGAUACCACUACUUUUAUGCAUAUAGUUGGAUCCCUUGAAUCUGGGCUUAAAGGUCUAGAUACAAGUAUUUCAUCACAGUGUGCAUCUGCUGUUGAUAAUUUGGCUGCUUUCUACUUCAACAACAUCACCAUGGGUGAGGCGCCCACAUUACCUACUGCGGUCAAUCUUGCUCGUCACAUUUCAGACUGCCCCAAUUUGUUUCCAGAAAUACUGAAGACGCUAUUUGAGAUUGUUUUAUUCGAGGACUGUGGCAACCAGUGGAGUCUCAGCAGACCAAUGCUCAGCUUGAUACUUAUUAGUGAGCAGAUGUUCUCUGAUUUGAAAGUUCGGAUCUUGGCUUCACAGCCAGCGGAUCAACAUCAGCGGCUUUCACAGUGUUUUGACAAGCUUAUGGCAGAUGUUACCAGAAGCUUGGAUUCAAAGAACAGGGACAAGUUUACCCAAAACCUGACAGUAUUCAGGCAUGAGUUUCGUGUGAAGUAACUCUAGUAUUCCAGAACAUGAAUUGUACGUGCUGAAGAUGUUAGAAGAAUAUUUUGCUGCAUACUUCUAGUCGUAAACGUGGAGUCUCUGGUAUUGGGAGAAGGGCUUUCUCUAGUUAGAAAUAGAAUCUCUGGUAGUGAGAGAAAGGGAAGCACAUUUUUUGAAGUUCAUGGGUUGGUGGAACUGGAAGGGGCAUUACAAAUUUUCUUGUGGUGGCCGUAUGGGUAUCACUAUAAGGUUUGCCGUACUGGUGGUUUGUAGAAGAUAGUGGUGGGUUUGACAUGUAGUUUAAAAUGGCCAGUUCUAAUAUUAGUAAAUCAAUUCUUUUGAAAAAGAAAAAAGCCAAAAAAAAAAAAAAUGGUGUACAUCUCCUCAAGUUUAUGUUUAGGGAUGGAUCAGUUGUAAGCCUGUACAUUAACCUUUACAUAUUCUUUGUAUUUGUUGAUAAUAGGAAAGAAAGGAAAAAGAUUUAAAUGUUUGUUCUAGUCUCUUGGGCUUCUCUUUUCUUGGCUCUUUUUGGUUUCACCUGGAAUUCCUACCUAGAAUUAGAAGGGGGGUUUUGCAGGCCAGACAUCAAGCACAUUUGACAAUUUUGUCUGCACCAAGAGUUGAUUCUAAUAUCAUCUAAAACUUUUAAAUGUUC